AUUCACUCUAUCUGGUCUCCCACAAUACACACUACAUGGAUAUGGAAUUAUUUUAGUAAACAUAAACUGCUAAAUACCUUUUCUCAUCAGCAGUUAGAGCAGUCUUAGUACUGGUUAAAGCUUGUAGGAGGUGUUUUCUUCCUGCUCUAAGAGGAUGCAGAACCACUGACCUCUCUCUGGACAGUGCUGAUUGGACCUGUGCUGAUCACAUGCACUUUCCCAUGAUAAAAAAAACCUUUCUAGAAAUACACACCAAAUUGAGCAUGUGCAGAUUUUCUCAACACAAUAUAUCUUAUCAGGAGAUAAGGAGGCCACUGGAAGAAGGGGAGGAUCAGAGAAGUCAGGAUCAAACACCAUUUUUACACAAUGCAGAAGAUCAACCCCUCAGGUUCCACAGUGAGUAUAACAAGCAUGCUUUACUGCAUAUACAGACUGAUUUUACUGUUGUGGGUUUA